AUGUUUCUGACGACCAUUGGUGCGGCUGUCCCAAGUCAAAUCAGUCCUCCUCCCAAUAUUCCUCCGCCUCCCGCUCCGGAGCCCAUUGAGGUGUGUGAACUCCCACUACCACCGGUGGCUCCCAGCGACGACGUGGGAUCCUGUACCUUGCAAGUCAAUCCCAGGGGCACAGGCUGUAUACUGCGUGUCUUGGAUGGAUUUCAAGCAGGCGAUUUCACAACCGACGGAAACAACGUCAUCGUCAAUGUGAGGUUUACGGGUGCACCCGCAUCACCUGAUCCUGCGAGCAUUUACACGGGAGAUCAUUUGAUAUUGGUCAAGGCCGACGGGACGACUUUCGCACAUGGAGAUCCUUGGAAGUGCCUCAGCUGCGGUGUUCCGGGAAGCCAGCAGCAGUUGCGUGACCCUCAACUAGACUCCCCACACGUGUUCCGUAGUGGCGACAAGGCAUUAUGGGGCCACAAUAUUCUUGAUUGCAAUGGGACUCAGCUAGCCGAUGACGAGUGCACGGCAGAAAGGACCAAUAUUUACCCGAUAUACUGGGCUACUAUCAAGAACGGUACAGAUGUGAACGGUGCGCCUCGAGAACUGCGUCUGCAUCCGGACGAUACGCACCUCGGCUGGAGCUCGUUCACACCUUCAGGAGGACAGAACACGUUCUUCGGUCGUCUCCGGUUCAACCCUGAGCCAACAUCCGGCGAUGUUUUGGCCCCACGGUACGAGCUAGUCGACGUGAACCUACUACGUGAUCCGAAUCGUAGCGAGCACCUUACCGUGGAAGAAGGCGAACUUAAGUUUCAUGAUGAUGUGAUUGCCGUGGGAGAACUACGUGGUUUCUCAGGGACAGGCGAUGAGAUUGUCUACAUUGGCGAGACAUAUGAAGCCAACAACAUCGAUGUCUCGGCUGUGCAUGUCGUUACCGGAGCUGUUCGUCGCUUGACCGAGCACCCAGAGUACACCGAUCCGAUAUCCUUCUCAGCUGACAAUAAGUGGAUCGUUGCGCUGGACACACGUGGAACUAAUCGGCAAAUGUUCAUGUCCGGCUUGCGGCACAUUCCACCUCUCAUCGACCUUGUCACUGUGACUGUCGCGUCAUCAACUCGCAACAACGGAAACCGUCGAUUCUUCAACCCGAUCCUCAUCGACGGUUAUGGGGAUCGUGGCGACUACUUUGGCCAACAGAUCAACGCUGAAGGAGAUGGAGGUAAUGGGGCGGUGAACGACCCGAACUGGAAUGCCCGCGCAGACCCAGCGUUCUCGCGCGAUGGUACAAAGAUGGUAUAUUGGCAAGCUAUCGUUACGGGACGCGAAUGCGGAGGUACCAACCCCCUCCCUUGCCCGGUACCCACAACACAGGGUCAGCGUGUUUAUAGACUCAUGCUCGCUAAGCUGACAAGCCGGGCGCCACAAGAAGUACCGCCUGUCUUUGACGUACCCGACCAAUUGCCUUGGGCAACACCUUUCCCGCCAGGCACACCUUUGCUCAACACUACUCGAGGACCCGGCGCUGGAAAAUACACUCUGCGCGGCAAGAUCUCUGGUCUUGCUGAUGUGGAACUCUCCAGUUCCUCACAAGACCAAUCUGGUAGCUUCGAUAGCGUCGCUGUGACCUAUCGCGACUACGCUGACGUAGACGGAUACGUACUCAACGGCUGGGAGAAUGUCACAAGUAUUAUUCUGUGGCCAAACCCCUGGAACAAUCUGGUAGAUUGGUAUUCGGACAUUGAACAGACGGGUGUGGUCACUGCGUCCAAGAAGACUGGCUCAGACGGGUUUCAUUUGCAGAUCGAUGCGAUGUUGAACAUCUUCAACGCGACAGGGACAUUGACAACAACUGUUGAUGAGGUCGUUUAUGAGCAACCUGCAAAUGGAACCUAG